CGCCACCACCGCGACAGUUUCCCGCGCUUUUUUUUUGCCCCUCUCUCCGGCGACCGGCGCUAGGGUUUCCUCCAUUCGGCGGGGCGGAGGUGGGGCGCGCUCGCCGGAGAUGGCGGGGUACGAGAGGGAGAAGAAGCGGCUGCUCGACCUGGCCGCUGACUCCGGCUUCGAGCGCGACCUCGCCGCCGACUGCCUCGACAGGAUCGUCCGCCUCUACGGAGAGGGCGGACAAGGUUUUAUUACCGUGGAGAACUGUGGAGACGAUUUCCUUGGCGCAUUGGCUGAUGCAACAAACAAUAAUGAUGAUUGGGAUGAUCUCAAUGCUAUAGAGAAUGAAGCUUGUGGCAAUUUGAAUGGCAUGAUGAAGCACGGUGUAAUUGAUGAUAAAGAAGUUGAGGUGAGAACUCCUUUGUUCAGACAGGCAGAAUCCUCUGCUCGACAGACUCGCAUCAAUCUGGACUCCUUCGGGUUCUCCUCAGAUGAUGACUUUGAAACGUUGGAGUCCCAUUGUGAUCGUUCAGUCAGUACCCAGAAGAAGGUGAACAGAGGAAACAAUAGAUGUGAGUCAUCCACUUCAACUUCAAACAGAGAAACUCUAAGUUAUCAGCAGCUGUAUAGCCUAGAUGACAUCAAUUUUGCAAACGUUGUCAUCUUUGGCAACAAAAGCUUUAGGCCCCUGCAGUAUGAGGCCUGUAGGGCUGCAGUAAGCAACAUGGACACCUUUGUGCUUAUGCCAACAGGUGGUGGGAAGAGCUUGUGUUAUCAGCUACCUGCAACACUGCACCCAGGUGUUACGGUUGUUGUAUGCCCUCUACUGUCACUUAUUGAGGAUCAAAUUGUGGCAUUAAACUUCAAGUUUGCUAUACCAGCAGCAUUUUUGAACUCUCAGCAGACACCUUCACAGUCAUCUGCAGUAAUCCAAGAGCUUAGAAGUGGUAAACCGUCAUUCAAACUCCUCUACGUCACUCCUGAAAGAAUGGCUGGAAACAGCUCAUUUAUUGGGAUCCUCAUAGGUUUACACCAGAGGGGUUUACUGGCGAGAUUUGUGAUUGAUGAAGCCCAUUGUGUAAGUCAAUGGGGACAUGACUUCCGCCCAGAUUACCGAGGCCUGGGAUGCCUCAAACAGAACUUCCCUCGAGUACCAAUUAUGGCUUUAACAGCUACAGCGACUGCAUCUGUCUGCAAGGACAUACUAAGUACCUUGAGGAUCCCUAAUGCAACGGUACUCAAGAGGAGCUUUGACAGAACAAACCUGAAUUAUGAGGUGAUUGGCAAGACAAAAACUCCACAGAAGCAGCUGGGUGAUCUCCUAAAAGAGCGUUUCAUGAACAUGUCUGGUAUCGUGUACUGUCUGUCCAAAAAUGAAUGUGCUGACACUGCCAAGUUCUUGAGGGAGAAGUACAAGAUAAAAUGCGCACAUUACCACGCUGGCUUGGCUGCUCGUCAACGAUCCAAUGUACAAGGAAAAUGGCACAGCGGAGAGGUCAAAGUCAUUUGUGCGACCAUAGCAUUUGGCAUGGGAAUAGACAAACCUGAUGUGCGCUUUGUUAUCCACAACACCAUGUCAAAAUCGAUAGAAAGCUACUAUCAGGAGUCAGGGAGAGCAGGAAGAGACAAUCUUCCGGCACAUUGCAUUGUGUUAUAUCAGAAAAAGGACCUCGGUCGAAUUGUAUGCAUGCUGAGGAAUUCAGGGAACUUCAAGAGUGAGAGCUUCAAGGUUGCAAUGGAGCAAGCAAAGAAAAUGCAAACAUAUUGCGAGCUGAAGACAGAAUGCCGGAGGCAAACUCUUCUUGGCCACUUCGGUGAGCAGUAUGACAGGCAAAGGUGCAAACAUGGUUGUAGCCCUUGCGACAACUGCAUAAAGAUUCCCUCUUGAGAGAACCUCUUCCAAACCUACUGCUGUGUGCUGACAUCUAUGGUCUUGGUAGAAGGUCACUUCCUGAGAGCCAUUCUUACUUAUGAUUUGGCCUUAGCACCGGAAGUACUGCCUGAAUGAAAGCAAAUGCUGUCCUUGUUGUAAGAUGCUUGACAUUUUUAUCCUGCAGACAUUGCGCACGAGAGAAAUCAUUACUAUUUGCAUGAGAAGUCUUCAUUACAUUGCA